UCCUGCUCCACGUCUCGGUGCUGCUGGGCCCUGCACUUUCAGCCCUGCUGCGAGCCCACGCCCCCCUCCACGCAGCCACACUCCUCCUCCUGCCCUGGCUUAUGCUGCUCACAGCAAAAGGAAGUGAGUAGGGCUCAUCUGUGAGAAUGAGACUGUGAAGAUGAGUGCAACUGGGGCAGCAGAGAGCCUUCUGACUUUGAGCCAUCAGGAAGAAUUAGCAGAUUUGCCAAAGGACUGCCCCUGGAGCACCAGUGAAGACGAAGGGGACAGUGAUAGAGAGAGGAAGCAUCAAAAGCUUCUGGAAGCAAUCAGUUCCCUUGAUGGAAAGAAUAGGCGGAAACUGGCUGAGAGAUCAGAGGCCAGUUGGGAUGUGUCGGAGUUCAGUGUCGGUUGUGAAGGAACAGGAGAACAGCUGGUCCUCUCAGAUCUGCUUCAGCCCAUUAAAACUUCAUCCUCCUUGGCCACGGUGAAAAAGCAGCUGAAGGGGGUCCAAGCAAAGAAGACUGUGGAGUUGCCCCUUGACCAAGAAGAGGCUGCACAGGUCCACAGAGAAGUGGCAUUCAGUACAACCUCCCAAGCUCUUUCCAAAUGGGAUCCUGUAGUUCUAAAGAACCGGAACGCAGAGCAGCUGGUUUUUCCCCUGAAGCAGCAGCAGCUGGACUUUGCUCCCAUCGAACAUGUGCUCGGUGGCUGGAAGGCAAGAAGUCCCCUGGAGCAGGAAAUUUUUAACGUCCUCCACAAGAACAAGCAGCCAGUGAUAGACCCUUUACUGACUCCAGUGGAGAAGGCCUCUCUCAAAGCCACGAGCCUGGAAGAGGCUCAGAUGCGCCAAGCAGAGCUUCAGAAAGCCCGGGCCCUGCAGUCCUACUAUGAGGCCAAGGCUCGGAGAGAGAAGAAAAUCAAAAGCAAAAAGUAUCACAAAGUUGUGAAGAAAGGAAAGGCCAAGAUAGCCCUAAAAGACUUUGAGACCCUUCAGAAGGCCAGUCCUACCACAGCAUUAGAAGAACUGGAGAAAAUCGAAAAGGCCAGGAUGGUGGAGCGGAUGAGCCUGAAGCACCAGAACAAGGGGAAGUGGGCCAAGUCCAAGGCAAUUAUGGCCAAAUAUGACCCAGAGGCUCGCCAGGCCAUGCACGAACAGUUGGCCAAGAACAAAGAACUGACACAGAAACUCCAGGCACCUUCUGAGAGUGAGGAAGAGGAGGGGGCUGUAGAGGAGGAUGGACUCUUUGUCCCUGAUGUCGUGAACGAAGUCCAGAUGGACACACAUGGGCCCAACCCCUGGAUGCACACAAGUUGCACCAGUGAUGUGAAAGAGGCUGAAGUCCUGAAGGACCCUGAACAGCUUCCUGAGCACCUGGCCUUCGAGGAUUCAGAAGGUGAGGGGGAAGAAGGUCCAGUAGCAGAAGAAGCAAUGUUGCUGAAAGAAUCUGAGGAAAGGCGAUGCCUUAGGAAAAGGCCUGAGCUCAACCAGGACACCAAGCCCGUAGGUCGUCAAGAAACACAAGACCCUAGCAGCCAGGAGGUGCUGUCCGAAUUGAGGGCGCUGUCUCAGAAACUCAGCAAGGAAGACCGUCAGCCCAGGAAGCAAAAAGCGAACUCAGCGGGGGCCAUUCUCCCAGUCCAGAGAGAGGAACCGGCCCGGGAGGAGGAGGAGCCCUUGUUGCCGCAGAGGCCAGAGAGAGUGCAGACUCCAAAAGAGCUGGGCAAAGGAGGCUGUUCGCAAAAUACGGAACUUCGCAGACCUGUGUUACAAGGGCAGCAGAUGGAGAAGAACGCAAAUAAUCAGCCUGAUGCCCCGAAGAAGAAGAAAAGGAAGGAGCAAAUGAUUGAUUUACAGAACCUCCUGACCACAAAAUCUCCUUCCAGGGAGUCUUUGGCAGUUCCUACGACGAUAGACAAGUUGGAAGGUGAAGAAGAGAGAGACCAAAAGCAGAUGAUAAAGGAAGCUUUUGCUGGGGAUGAUGUCAUCAGAGACUUCUUGAAAGAGAAGAGGGAAGCUGUGGAGGCGAGUAAGCCAAAGGACGUGGACCUGACGCUGCCUGGCUGGGGCGAGUGGGGCGGUGUGGGCCUACAGCCCCGUGCCAAAAAAAGACGCUGUUUUUUAAUGAAAGCCCCUGAGGGUCCUCCAAGAAAAGACGAGAAUUUGCCGAAUGUGAUUAUCAGUGAGGAGCGCAACAUCCACGCCGCAGCUCACCAGGUGCACGUGCUUCCAUACCCAUUCAGCCACCAUCAGCAAUUUGAAAGGACCAUUCGGACCCCUAUAGGGUCUAUGUGGAACACCCAGAGGGCCUUCCACAAGCUGACUACCCCCAAGGUUGUCACUAAGCCAGGCCAUAUCAUUAAGCCCAUAGAAGCUGAGGACGUGGGCUACCGGUCUUCCUCAAGGUUGGACCUCUCCGUGGUACAGAGGAACCCAAAGCGACUCUCCAUCCAUCACAAAAGACCCCUGAAGAAAAACUCCGUAGGCGGAGUUGCUGGAGAUGACGUCUUGAUGUCCUGAUCACUUCCUUAUUGGGCUUGGCGUUCCUGUCAUCUGUACCAUCAGUUCCAAAAGUGCCUUACCACGCUGUGCACACAGUUAAACUGCGCUUUAGAAAGAAAGGGAGUAGGAAAAAAAUCAGGGCAAAGGAACUGGCUGGGGACAUCCAAGCAUCUGUGAAUGACGGUGUUCCUCUCUGUGGACUCUUGAGGAGCCGUUCGUUAAAUAUUUGUAUUUCAGUAUCUUUAUAGUUGAUAGACUUCCAGUGGCAGGUUCGAACACAUGGCUUUAUCUCUGCUUCCUCUUAAAAUCUCACUAGAAUAACUGCAAGAAAUUAUAUCAAUUUACAAGGAGAAGGAAAAUAGGAGGGCAGAAAACAGUAGACCAAAGAGUCAGACAAGUUUUAAAAGAUGGAAAGUGGGUAGAGACCUGUUUACUCCCUUAGCAGAUAAUCAGAAGCGGAAUGUCAGCGUUCCCAGAGGCAGGUCAAACUGCCCCCAGAGCCCUGCAGAGGCUCGCAGUUCCACCGGGACUGGGGAAGGUGAGGUGAGGCAAGGGGGCGGGAACGGAUGCAAAGUCUACAGGAGGAGCAGUGGGUGCGCCCUCCCUGCACAGCCCCGCCCCACACCUUGUAGCCAGGUAGCUCCACCUGAGAGCGGUAGGUUACUCGGAGAAUUAACUGAACCUGAGAAGGUCUGAGUGUCAGGGGCACUGGGCACAGGGGAGGGUGGGGGUAAGGAGCUGGACCAAAAACUAAGCAAAAAUGAGUGUUACGUGAUAUGGCUGCUGGAGGAUCCACCAGGGAAAUGGCCGGUGUGCUCCCCAAGGGUCCCCAGAGAAGCCCACUCCUCUGACAGGCCCUGCCCAUGCCCACAGAGGUUCCAGCUGUUUGGUGGGUUUUUUUCCUACCCAAAUGGCCUGAUGUAUUACUAACUUUUAACUUUUAUUUUUUAACUAUGUUAGGAACUUUGCGUACCUGGCAGUUUGGGCUGUACAACCCUCGGCAGAUCGUUCCUCUUCCCUCCUCUGCCUUCUCUACUUCCAGAACAUCUUAUUCUCUUGCUCUUUGUUAAAUAGUGAUG